GAACUAUAAAAUAUAUGGGAAAGUGGUGGACGGUGUGUAUAUUGGUCCAAGAGUGAAGAGAAGCCUGUAUCCUCUCCAUUGAAUUUGGGUUACAUAAGUAAGUUGUAGUCUUUGACUGCCAAUGUCACAAAGACUACAAUUCCCAGAGCUCCACAGGGGCGACCAUUUUGAGACAAGGGUUUUCACCUGUCUCCAAUUAGGCAGCCAUAAAAGAGCAUGGUUUUUUUUUUCAAACGCGAGUGUGUGCAAAGGGUAUGACAUGCAGAGAGACCGAUACGUACUGGAAACAGAUUAAAGAUAAAGAGCUGAGGAUCGUGCUGCUGGGAAAAAGUGGAGCUGGGAAGAGUGCGAGUGGAAACACCAUCCUGGGUGGGGACGAGUUUGUGACAAAAGAGUGUGAGAAGAAAGGGAUCAAACUUUAUGGGAGACGUGUUUCUGUGAUUGACACCCCAGGUUUAUUUGACAGAGAGCUCUCUGAAGAAGAGAUUGUGAAAUGCAUCUCCCUGUCUGCCCCGGGACCCCACGCUCUCCUCCUGGUGAUGGAGGUGGGCAGAUUGACAGAGGAAGAGAAGAGAGCGCUGGAGACAAUCCAGGAGAUGUUUGGAGAGAGAGCUCUCAGCUACACCAUGCUGCUCUUCACUCAUGUGGAUAAACUUGAGAAGCAUGUCCAAACCAUCGAGGAGUUUAUUGAGGGAGAUGAAGAUCUCCAGCAGCUUGUAUUGAAGUGUGGGGGGCGCUAUCACACUCUCAAUAACAAGAGGAGGAGCAAUCGAAAACAGGUCAAACAGCUCAUUGAGAAAAUAGAUGCCAUGGUGGCAGAGAACAGAGGCAGCUGCUGCACCAGUGAGAUGAACCAAGAAACCAGGACAGUAAUCAGGCAAAACCCAGAGGAGACACGCAGGGAGGAACCCGAGAAAGCUUUCCAAAAGCCAUGGGAGACACUGAAGCUGAGGGAAGAGGGGUCACAGAUGGAGGAAGAGGAACUGAAGGCAAAGUACAAAGAAACCCAUCUAGAAGACUUGCUGUGCAGGCUGGGACUGGAGAAAUACUUCCCAGGCAAGAUCACCCUGAGCAGAGUCCUUGAGAUCGGAAGAGAGGGUAUCGCUGAUGAACCACUUCACUCACUCGAAACACUGCCCUGGUGCUUUCUGAAGAGACUCAUGAUGGUGAAUGUGACAGCUCGGAGUAUUAAGUGCAGUGCUGCUGACAUGCAGACAGAUACAACACUGCAAGACUUAGUCAGUAUGUUUAAAUCCAUGGAUAGUGAUGAUGAUCAAGACAGAAAUAGAAUCAAUCCCCUUGAUCUCAUAACGGCAGUCUUUCUGUGCUCAGAUAGCUUCCUGCAGCAGGAAAUGAUGUUGAAAAUGUCAAUGUGCCAGUUUGCUGUGCCUCUCCUACUCCCUGACUGUAGCUCUAAUCAGUGCACAUUAAUGCUGUGGGCCAUGCGAGACAUUGUGAAGAAGUAUAGACCCCAUUCAUUAGUUGACUCAAAAGGGUUUGUAGAAGACAGUAUAGUCAGCACUGCCAUGCCAAUGGUCUCCUUUGUCAGGCUGGGUGACUGCAGUUUAUCAAAGUCGCGGGUCCUGAAUGAGGUCCUUAGUAACCCCCAGCAGUAUCAUCAUUUCUUUGUCCAUCGUAAUAUGGAGUGUGGUGAUGUUCCACGCAGAAUUUCAGAUGGUCUGGUUGAAACAAGUUGGUACCUUCCUUGUGGAAAGAGAAACCUGGACAUCUUUCCAGAACCUGUAGCUGUUGCCAACCUUCGUGGAGACAUCAGUUCAUUUCAGAAACAGUUUUCCAUUUUAUGUCAAACCUCCUCAGCAGUCUUCAUAUUUUUUGACAGUAUUGCAAAGAUUGAGAGCAAUCUCUUGUCCUCUGCAGGAAACGUUAAAGCCCAGUUAUUUUUGGUUGCAAAUUUUCAAAUGAAGAAAAAAGAAAACAUAAACUCACUGACAGACUUGGCAUCAAAGUUAAAAUUAAAUACAAAUCAUGUCCUAGUUAAGAACAAGCUGACCAACGAUGCAGAAUUUGUAACAAAACUGCGCCACACUGUGAGCGACAUCAUGAAAAACGUUCACCGCAGAAUGACGAUAGAAGCCAUGUCUGCGGCAGCACGUGAUUUGGGGAUUCAAGUAGAUGAAGACUGCACUGCAUGUCAGAAGGCUAAGAGGAGUGCUGAAGAAAUCGCCUCUAAAAUCAAAGAGGUGGUGCAAUAUAAAGAGAAGCAGCUGCCAUUGCAGGGGGAGCCUUGGAAGAAGCUGUCAAAAAUAGAAAAGGAGGAGUGCAGACUACGGAAGGCAGGAGACCAGCCUCUUCAAGAAUAUAAAAACAAUCUGGUAAAACAAAAACAGGAAUUGAGACAAAAACAAAUGAGUUAUAAUAUAUCUGUAGCAAUGCAGUGUUUCAUCACUGCCCUAUUCAAUGAAAGAAAACAAGAACGAUCCUAUUUUCUAAAGUGGAUGAGGAUGAGCCUGGAUGUCACAGCAAGAACAAAACUUUUUGGUCUUCGUAAUCAAUACAAAGAAAAGUGUGCCAAUCUGUCAGAGAACAAAGAGGAAAUUGCAGCCCUGGAUCAGCAAAUCUCAAACAGCUCUUUAGGAAUCGAACAUUUCAUGCGUGAGAUGGGGCAGCUUUAUGAAGCAGCGAGUUCCCUUCCUGUCAAUCAUGUAUAUCGUCAACAGUUUCAAAGUUUUCCCAGUCGUGGGGCUGAUCUGCUGUUGGACGGCUUUCCUCUUGAGCUGCUGGAUGGAGACGCAUCAAAUAUCCCUCUGGAAUGGGUGACUGAUGUUCUAACUGAGCUCCAUGAGAAAGUCAACCACAAGAGCAGGAUGCUGGUUGUAACAGUGCUUGGAGUCCAAAGCACUGGGAAGUCCACUCUCCUCAACACCAUGUUUGGGGUUCAGUUUGCAGUCAGCAGUGGCAGAUGCACACGAGGCGCCUUCAUGCUGUUAAUGAGAGUCAAAGAGGAUCUGAAAGAAGAGCUGAAGUGUGAUUUUAUCUUGGUAAUCGACACUGAAGGUCUCAAGUCCCCUGAGCUGGCACAGCUAGAAGACAGCUACGAACACGACAAUGAGCUCGCAACACUGGUGGUGGGAUUGAGUGAUGUCACAAUAGUAAACAUUGCAAUGGAGAACUCUGUAGAAAUGAAGGAUAUCUUACAGAUCGUGGUGCAUGCCUUUCUUAGAAUGAAGGAAGUGGGAAAGAAACCAAAAUGUUACUUUGUGCACCAGAAUGUGGGGGACGUGUCUGCUCAUGAUAAAAACACGAGGGACAGAAAGAUGCUUUUAGAGCAGCUGAAUGAGAUGACACAGGCAGCUGCCAGAAUGGAGAAGCACGUUACUGAUCGGAAAUUCACUGAUAUAAUGGAGUAUGAUGGAGAGAAAAAUAACUGGUACAUCCCUGGCCUGUGGCAUGGUAACCCUCCAAUGGCUCCAGUGAACUCCGGCUACAGUGAAACUGUGUAUGAGUUCAAGAAGAGUUUGAUUGAGUCGUUGAAAAGCUGCAAAGAUCAGAAACCUCCUGCAGAUGUUCCAGAGUUCUUGGAGUGGGUUAGGAGUUUGUGGAGAGCUGUUAAAUAUGAGAAUUUCAUCUUCAGCUUCAGAAACAGUCUGGUGGCAGAGGCUUACAGUAACCUGUGUGUUGAGUAUGGUAAAUGGGAAUGGGACUUCCAGAAGCACAUGUAUGAGUGGCUGGCCGGUGCUGAGAUAAGGAUUUCAAAUAGCAACAACCAGUCAUUAAAUCUUAAUGACUUGCUCAGCUCCUUAAAAUCUGAAGCAAUAACAGAACUGACAUGUCAAGAAGUUUCAACUCUGGAGAAAUUGACUAAAUACUAUGAAAGUAAGGAGGGCCAUGUCAAUCUUGUAGAAAGCUACAGAGCAACAUUCAUGAGCAGCAUUGAAACGAUUAGGAAGGAAAUUGAAAGCUCUUUGAAAAGCAAGUUGACAGAGGCUGUUGAUUUUCAAAAGGGAAUGAAGCAGAUACACGAUGUUGAUAAAGACAAUAAAGAAAAACUAGAGAAAAGAGUAUUGAAACUGCUGGAAGGGUGCAGAGAAAGAAAUGAGAAAUUAACUGAUGAUGAGCUGAAAGCGAAAUUUGAAAAGAUGUGGACAGAGACAGUGUCUGCGCUGAACUUGAAAGGGUUUGAGAAGCGAGAUAUUGAAUUAAAUGUUUUCAAUCAGUUGAGAGCACACUUGCAUAGACAUGACGGUUUAGUUAAACGGGUGUUAAGUGAGGCCAGCAAAUUGACAAACUAUGGAAAAGCACAGUUUAAUGUAACCGAUGAACACUUUGAUCGUAGAUGGUACAUGAAAUGCUAUGAUUGGUUCAGCAAAACAAAGUACAAGGAGGAAGCCAAUGAGAAGGUGCAACGUAUAAUACAACAGUGCAGACAGUUUGUAUCUGCCAAAAAAACAAGUAAAACUGACUACCACGAGACCUACACCACAGAGCUGUUAAAAAUGAUAGACAACAAGUUGAAGGAAAUUGAGAAGUUAAAGACCAACAGCCAGUUUGAAGUGGAACUUUACCUGCACAUCUGUGGGUUUGCUGCCAGGGAAUUUCAAACCAUGCACAAUCAGUUUGUAAUAGCCAAUGACCCCCGAAACCAGCUGGAAAAGUCCAAACCACAGUACUGCUCUGACUUCAUAGAUCUUUACCGUAAGAAAGAUCAGACUUCAAAGAAAGCACGAGAAUUCACAGAGCGCUGCCUCAAGCCUGCAGUAAGAGAGCACAUCAACAAAGCCCUGGGAUUAGAUAUUGCAGAUGAAAUGCAGACCGGUGCAGGCUCUGUGAAAUACAGCACCCGCUCAUACUUCCAGCAUUCCAUGUUGAAAGAGCUUCUAGAAGAAAAUGAUUUCAUAAAAUAUGUGUCUUUCAUUGGAGACUAUGAAGAUUUUGUCAAGAGAUGGAUAUUGAAUUGUAUUAUUGAACAUCUUUCUAAAGGCAACACUCUUUCAGAGUUACAAAAGAAACGUUUUAAAACAAUUACAAAGAAAAUACAAGCAGCUGUUGAAAAGAAAGAAACCUCAAGAAAUAUCAAAACGAUAUCAGAGUUUCUUGACAAUGUCUGCAGCAUUCUGAGCAGAGACAUUGUAAUUUCCACAAAAGAUCUUGGAUUAAUCCUGGAUAAUGCGAGUGUGGAGGAGUUCACUGCGCAUCUUGAAUAUUAUAUUGAUGAUUGGAUGAAGACUUUUGAAUUCUUUCAAAGGGGUAAUAUCGCAGAGGAACUUAAGAGUCUACCAGUCAAGCCACAGGAUGUGCUGUUCGAGAAGCUGAUUGGCUGUGGGAAGCAGUGUCCUUUCUGCAAGGUCCCCUGUGAUGCAGGAGGAAAGGACCACGAUAAACAUCAUGCAACAGUGCAUCGACCACAAGGGGUGGGUCGUUACAGAUGGUCACAUUCUCGACAUCUUUGUGUAGAUUUAUGUUCAACCAAUGUACAGAGUGAUGUGAAAUUUUGUAACAGUGACACAGAGGGGAAGUUUCAUCCCUUUAAAGACUAUCGGAGAUUCUACCCUGAGUGGAACAUUGCCCCUGAUCCCAGUAUUCAAGCCUCUGACUACUGGAAGUAUGUGAUGACUGCAUUCAAUGAACAGUUUGCAGAGGAGUAUAAUGCAAAGCCAGCUGACAUCCCUGAUGGGUGGAAAAACAUAACAAAGGAACAAGCACUGAAGAGUAUAAAUGAGGUGUUUAACGUGAAAUAAACAAGCAAAAGCUCUGAUCAGAUUAUUCGAAUGAAGCUACUGCCCUGGUGUAGUGAGGUCACAGAAACUGAAUUGGGUUGAGAUUCGUACCCAUUCUUUAUAUAGAAAUAAAACAAUAUCCUAAAAAAAAGAAAAAUAUUUCUGACCUACUGCUCUAGGUUAUUAUGCUGGUGUUUCCCAGGUUCAUUGGUUAUACUUGCUUUUGUCUAUGAAGAACAUUGAAUAAUGACAUUUUCGAACAUUGUAUCUUCUGCUUUUAGGAUUGUGUUUUGCCUUGUUGUAGACUGCAAUCACGCUAAAGUUGUGUAUAAUAUUGUACCUUACACUUACAUGUAUGAGGUGUGAUAGUACUGAUCAAGAAAGUGUGCUGUGGAUUGUUCUGAGUAAAACCAAUCAAUAAUUACUGUGUCUCUAUAUUGUGUGAUUUCUGUUUCUGCUCCUAUUCAGUAAUAAAGUUUGAUU